CGCUCUUUCCCCGCUGGCGCACGCUUCCUGCCGGCUUGGACCAAGACUUGGCUUGGCGGCGGGCUACAGUAAAUCGUAACCGAUUGGAUUGAUCGAUCACCUUCUUGCCUUCCUGCCUGCGGGAGGUCGUCGCCUUGUGGUCAGCGCGUCCGUGUCAUUGAUUGAGGUGCGUCGUCGCCGGCUGCUGGAGCGGAAAGCCACCAAGCCACUCACGCCCCGCUUCCGCCCGCGCGUCUGUUCGGUCGUGUGGCUUUUGUCCGUUGUCUCUCGCCAAGCGCUUGCGCCAGUUCAAGCAACGCGCUAAUAGCACAAGCCUAAACGCGCCGGCAGCAUGCGCUCCUGGGUCGUCUUCGCCGCGCUGGCGGCCAGCGUCGCGCUCUCAGCGUGGACAGCGCCAGUGGACGCCGCGGCCUGCGCUGAGAUCUGCUACACGACCGAGCUGACGGGCUUCGGGCCGGGGGGCACAGCUGGAUGCAGCUGCACCGGGUCGGGGGCCACGCGCACGGGCUCCGGCAGCUGCAGUUGCGGCCAGUGCUACUCGGAGACUAAUGGCGUCGUCAUCGGCUACGCCAUCAACAGCGACGGCACCUGCACGUACGGCACAGACUGCGGCGACUGCACGUACUCGUCGGACUCCUCCACCAAGUCGACCACGUCGUCCAAGUCGACGACGGGCUCGACCAGCUCCACGACUACCACGACAGAUGCGCCCGCCACUACGUCUCCUGCUGCUACUUCAGGUACUGCGUCGAAUUCAACCUCUGGUACUUCUUCCUCCACCACAGACACAAACAACGGCACUUCGAGCACUUCUACAACAACGACGACGACCAGCAGCUCGAGCUCCAGCGACAACGCUGGCGAUGCCGGCAGCGGAACGACCGACACAUCAAGCAGCAACGGCCUGAAGACAUGGCAGAUCGCGCUAAUUAUUUGCUGUGGCGUGCUGGUCUUCACGGUGGCUGUCGUGUCAGUGCUGUCGUGCUACUGCAAGGCGCGGAACCGCUUGUACGAGAACGAGGACGACCAGGCGGACGCUAGCUACUACCAGCAGCAGUACCCCCGCCCGCGCCCGGAUGUCAUGGGCGCUGGCGCUAUUCCAACCCCGACUCUAUUUUCGCAGGCGCCGACAAGUACCCGCGGCCACGCGCGCUCCGGGAGCUCGGGUAGCUUCACGAACGAGUUCAAGCCCAUGUACGCGAACCCGGCCAACAGCGAUAGCGCGGAUAGGUUAGGAAUCGGCCUCGCUCCCGUGCACAUGCGCAACAGCUCGGGCGACCUGGCCGGCAUGGCCGGAGGCAGCUACCCGAACGAGCGCAUCCUGUCCGGCAGCUACACGACGGACCGCCGACCAAGCUCAAGCAACAGGUCAAUAGGUCGUCGACCGAGUCUGGAGCAGGGAUACAGCACGGCGCGCGAUCGAGAUUCGCUGGCUGUCGAGUUGUAGGCGUGGUCAAGUUUAUCAAGCUCGCACAGUCGGCAGCAGGGCGUGAAACACAACCAAAACACAGGAGCAGCACAGGACCGCGGGGUAUGGAAGGCGCCGGCAGCAGCAGCGAUUCAAAUGGUGAAGGCGUCGACGGCAGCGUCGACCAGAGCCCGACUCGCUGGCAAGCGCGCCCCCUCCCCGCGCAGCAGCUCCACCAAUAGUAGAUUUAUUCCAGGCCCAAGCACUGAAUGAGGCGCAGGCUUCCCCCUGAGCAGGCAGGCAGCGUCUCGGCCCUUGGCAGCCGAGUGAAGCAGGAGAGAGAGAGAGAGAGUUAAUUAGUAGUAGUAUUACGUAAUGACGUUGACACCAUCGGUCCGUUGCAAGAAUGCAGUGAGUGGUCUGGUGUCCAUGCAGUCGCUUUU